UCGUACCCACACAUCCACCGUUACACUUCCUCAGCUGAAGCAAGUAAAGCUCAAUCAAGGUGGAGCUCACAUAACCAGGACUCCAGGAGCUCUCACACACUCUCCCAUGGAGCUCAAGUCCUCCUCCUCCUACCUCCAGCCAGCUUCUUCAACCUUGCCGUCCUCCACAAGACGAAACUCGUUCCAUGGAGUAGGAGCUGCUACAGCAGCUGGAGGAGGAAGAAGGAGCGGAGGCGACGUGUUUGGGCCCACGUCCAGUGACCCGCUCUGCAGCCUGAACCUGAAGGAGACCUCCGAGUUCGUCAGGUCCUCCUUCCCCAUGGCGACCAUGGCCAGGAGCAGCAGCAGCAACGGCCACGGCAGGAGCGGCCACCACGAGGCCUCCUCCACCUCCUCCUCGUCGUCCUCCACGGCCUCAGCGCAGAGGCGGCGAGCGGAGCCGCCGCCGCCGCCGCCGCAGCAGCAGGUCGUGCCGGCGACGCCGGGGCGGCCGCUGCAGUUCUUCGCGAGCCCCGCGCACCACCACCAGCUCGUCGCCCCGAGGAGGUCGGUGCCGUCCAAGUGGGAGGACGCCGAGAAGUGGCUGCGCCAGUCGUCGGACACCGACUACGGUAACGGCAAGGCCGCCGCGUUCUCCAGGCAGCGGAGCAGCGGCCUGGCCCAGAGAGGCGGCGGCGAGGAGGAGAAGCGCGCGGCUGUGGCGGUGAGGAGGUCGGUGGAUGCGCUCUCGGACGCCCACGCGCUCGCGCUGUACGCACCGCCGGCAGAAGUGCUCCUCAAAGACAAGUUCACGGACAACGAGGAGCCGUCGAAGGAGACCUUCGUGUUCCGGAGCGCGUACUGCGAGCCGGCGCCGGCGAAGGGAGCGGCGGAGGCGGCGCCCGCCGAUGGCGACCGGCGGAGGGACAUCGGCACGGAGAUGACGCCGCUGGGCAGCUCGUGCCACACGCCGCUCAAGAGCACCUCCCCGGCGCGGCACAACACGCCGGCGAGCCGGUCGGGCCCGCUGGUGCCGUACGCCGGCAGCGGCGGCGGCAUGGACAUCUCGGAGCUGGCGGACUGCCACCUCGCCAAGCUGGACCUGGGCGCGCGGUUUGAUGCCAUGCUCGUCAAUUGGAGCUCCAAGGAGGAGGAAGAGGAGGUGUCCAAGAGCCUGCGGCACUUCGAGGCUACCGCCGGCGCCGGCGGUGUGCCAACUUGCGAUAAACGCGGCGGCGGCGACUGCCGGUGGGAGGAUGAUGACAGGGCCAAGAGCUGCAUCAGGUAUCAGAGGGAAGAGGCAAAGAUUCAGGCUUGGGUUAACCUUGAGAGCGCCAAGGCUGAGGCACAAUCAAGAAAGCUUGAGGUGAAGAUCCAGAAGAUGCGGUCGAGCCUAGAGGAGAAGCUGAUGCGGCGGAUGACGACGGUGCACCGGCGCGCCGAGGAGUGGCGCGCCACGGCGCAGGCGCAGCACCUGCAGCAGCUGCGGCGCGCCGCCGCCGACAACACCCGGCGGCUCAAGGCGACGAGCCACCACCGCCACCUGCCAGGGAGCGACGCCGCCUCCUGCGGCUGCUUCCCCUGCAGCAACAACGUCGUCAGCGGCAACCUCCUGAACUACUACUAGUGAUAGCCUGAUAGAUGUUCAUGCGAAGAUCAGGAGGUUCAUCGGUUUCUGGCGAAAUCGGCAUGGUUUGCGAAGAACAGAGUAGGUUGUUGAUGUUUGUAGAAUUGUAGAUGGUGUUUGAGAUGGGUGAGAAUGGGGAGGUUGUGGAAAUGUGCCAAAAAAUUUGGAACUUUUAAGGUGGUAUACUAUCAGAUUGCUGAAUGCUGAUCCACAGUUGAGAUAUCAAGGUUCUAUUUUUAUCCC